AGAAAAAGAGAGAGGGAGAGCAAGAGGGGCCGCAACAAGGCCAAAGAAUCUAAAACAAAGAAAGAAGAAUUAUAGGGAUUUUAUGAACAGCGGCACAAAUGGUCGCUGUUCUUCCCUUGGUCUACGUCCUCCUCCUCCUCCUCCUCGCCGACCCUUCCCGCUCUCUGACGUCAGACGAGUCGGCCCUACUCGAACUAAAAGACUCUCUCACCAACGCCGGGGGUCUCUCCUCGUGGUCGGCCAACGGCGGCCCCCCAUGCAAGUGGACCGGCGUCUUCUGCACCAACAAUGUCAUCAGCGGUCUCAACCUCGCCGGCCUCAGCCUCUCCGGUAAAAUCGACAUCGACGCUCUCGCUUCCUUGAAGGGGCUCCGCUCCAUCAACCUCAAUAACAACUCCCUCUCCGGUCCCUUUCCCACGGCCCUCUCCCGCCUCGGCGCCCUCAAGUCCAUCUAUCUCUCCGGUAAUAAGCUCUCCGGCUCCAUCCCCUCCGACGUCUUUGCUUCCAUGCGCCACCUCAAGAAGCUUUGGCUAGACCAUAACAACUUCUCCGGUCCCGUCCCCUCGUCGCUCGCCAAUCUCGCCUAUCUCAUGGAGCUCCGCAUCGACGACAACGCCUUCGAGGGUGCCAUCCCCGACUUCUCCUCCAAAGCUCUUAAGGCCUUCAACGCUGGAAACAACAAACUCUCUGGCCCCAUCCCCGACUCCCUCGCCCGCUUCGACGCUGCCGCCUUCCAAGGCAAUCCCGGCCUCUGCGGCGGCCCGCUCAGCACCGCUCCAUGCAGUACAACCCCACCGACGGAGACGCCAGCGUCAUCGGAUAGGGAAUCCGGGUCCGGCAAGAGGGCUGUCAUUUUGAUCGUUGCCGCAUUGCUGGCCUUCGCGCUGGUCGCCGCAUUCCUGAUAAAUCACCAGCGGCAUCCGGACAGGAAGUUUGACACUCUCGGCGUCGUUGCCAAGGCGAAGGCCUUGGAGGCGUCGGCCGCGGCCGGCCCGACGCUAGCUGCCUCGGAGUCCAGCUACAAGCAGAAGUCGGUUGGGUCGAGCCACAAGCGGUCCGGGUCGAGCAGGUCGGAUUCGGCCGAUGGCGCCGGAGUCGCGGGGGAGCUGGUGAUGCUCAACGAGGAGAAGGGCGUCUUUGGCCUAUCCGAUUUAAUGAAGGCCUCCGCCGAGGUGCUCGGCAAUGGCAGUCUCGGGUCGGCCUACAAGGCCGUCAUGGCCAGCGGCCUUGCCGUCGCCGUAAAGCGCAUGCGCGAAAUGAAUCGCGUCGGGAAGGACGCUUUCGACGAACAAAUGAGGCGGCUCGGGAGACUUCGUCACCCCAACGUCCUAACGCCGUUAGCCUUCCAUUACCGGAAAGAGGAGAAACUCAUCGUCUCCGAGUACGUCCAGAAGGGCAGCCUCCUAUACAUCCUUCACGGGGAUCGGGGGCCGGAUCACAUGGCGUUGGAUUGGCCGACGAGGCUAACGAUCAUACGAGGAAUAGCGCGAGGAAUUGCGUACCUCCACGUCGAGCUGGCGGCGCUUGACGUGCCCCAUGGGAAUCUCAAGUCCGGCAACGUCCUCCUUCGCCCCGACUUUGACCCAAUACUCGUUGACUACGGUUUCAUUGGGUUGGUCAAUCCGUCACAGGCGUCGCAGGUCAUGUUCUCAUACAAGUCCCCCGAGACCCUGCAGUACCGCCACGUAUCCCCGAAAUCCGACGUGUAUUGCCUCGGGGUGGUGAUGUUGGAAGUUCUCACCGGGAAAUUCCCGACGCACUACUUGAACAACACGAAGGGAGGCACGGACGUGGUGCAGUGGACGGCGUCGGCGAUCGCAGAGAAUAGGGAGGCCGAGCUGCUGGAUCCGGCGAUCACGGCAGGGAAUAAGGCCUGGAAGCCGAAGAUGGUACGGCUCCUUCAGCUUGGCGCGGCGUGCGCCGAUGUGGACCCGGAGCAGCGGCCUGAUAUGGAGGAGGUAGUCCGGUUAAUCGAGGAGAUAGCUGUCGGAGACACGGGGGCACCGACGAAGGACAAGGGCGGGCCAUUCGGGCCGCUGCCUUUGCUGAGGGACGGGUAUGCCGACGUGGCACUCGGCCAACCGACGCCAGGGCUUGAGAGCGUGGGGAGGUCGGGGAGCACUGGCGAGCUCUUGAUCGACCAUCGAUAACUUCGCCUCUCAUGCCUCUUGAAUCUAGGCAGCACAUAUAUUUCGGAAGGCAAACAGGACAGCAGACUGGAUCGCCUUCUUCGUCGUCUGGUACUCUAGAAAUUUUCUAUAAACAUCUACAUGAGACAUUCUCUCUUAUAUGUACUUUUUACUUUCUUAUGAUUUGUUGACACACUCAAAUGAUGAGAAUAGCCUUUAUCAUAUCGAUGAGAUGAAGCCGUAGAUGAGAGUUUUUUUUUUUUUUUGCGAGGGUAGGCAGAGGUGCGGUGUGCGUGGGACUGUAAUUGUUGAAAGCACCCGCUGUGGGUGAUCUUUGAAUGAUUUCGUCCGGUGUGUUAAA